CACACCUUCUUCUCUAUCCUCUCCAUGCCCUACUAUUCAUCUCUCUACUCUUAUCUAUUACUCAGGCAUAAUCAAAGAAGCUCAGCCAUGGCAGCAACAGCUUCUUCUUCCUUAGGUCUUCUUCCAAUGGAGCAACAGAACAACAACAACAAUCAGAUGCAGAUUCCUCUCGUUGCACCACAGCCGUCGGAUCAUAACCAGCAAUCCUCGAUAACUCCGCCCACCACCAAGAAGAAAAGAAACCAGCCUGGAAAUCCAAAUCCAGAUGCAGACAUCAUCGCACUGUCCCCAAAGUCACUACUGGAGAAAAACAGAUUCGUGUGCGAAGUUUGCAACAAAGGGUUCCAAAGAGAGCAGAAUCUUCAGCUCCACAGGAGAGGGCACAAUCUGCCAUGGAAGCUGAGGCAGAAAGGCUCGAAAGAGGUUAGAAAAAAAGUGUAUCUUUGCCCCGAGCCCACCUGCGUCCAUCACGACCCCACCCGGGCCCUCGGAGACCUCACCGGAAUCAAAAAACAUUAUCUGAGAAAACAUGGUGAGAAGAAACACAAAUGUCAGAAAUGUGCCAAGAAAUAUGCUGUUCAUUCUGAUUGGAAAGCUCACUCUAAGAUUUGUGGCACCAAAGAGUAUCGAUGUGAUUGUGGAACUCUCUUCUCCAGGCGCGACAGCUUCGUCACCCACCGCGCAUUCUGCGACGCGCUGGCUCAGGAGCGAGCGCAAAACAAUUUAAAUCCGCGUUCGUCGAUAGGCGCGCACCUACUGCCCGGAUUCUCAUCAUCUUCAUCAGGUGCACUUCAUCAGGCUCAGAAUUACAUGACUAAUAUUAAUUCUCAGGCUGUCGACGCCACCCUCCAGCUGCGCAAAUUUGAGUCCCUCCUCAGCCCCCCCGGCCGCCUCAACGAUCACGAUCAUCAUAUGUUCUUACAGCAGCAAAGCCAUGAAGAUCAAAGCCAUCAGCUGCUGAAUUAUGUCCCCCAUGGACUAAUGCAGCUUCCCCAACUCCAGAUGAACAAUGCCGCCACUGCCGCCACCGGAGACACCUCCUUCAGCCUCGGCACCGCCGGAUUCUUCCCUGCCGGCGGAGAUCAUGACAACAGCCUCUUCUCAUCAGGUAGCUUUAUUACCAACACAAUGAUGCCUUCACAAUACAGCGGCAGCCCAUCUCCGGCGCCGGUCCCCCAAACCGCCGUUAUGUCAGCGACAGCGCUCCUCCAAUGGGCGGCAGAAAUGGGCCCUACUAUCACCGGAAACACAAACACCGACGCCUCAUCCUCGUCGGAGCGUGGCCACCUGCCGGAUUUGGUCAAAUACUCCGGCGGCGGAGGAUUAUUCACCAGUAUCAACAACAACAAUCAUAGCAUGAUCCAUGAUGACCAGUUCAUCACCAAAAGAUCACCAUUUCAAGGCAUCAUUAUCAACACCACCAACAAUCCCGCCGCCGGAAACCACCACGGCGGCAGUGGCGGCGGACUGACAAGGGACUUUCUUGGGGUGGGGGAGAUUGUGAAGCAGCAGAAGCAAAGUGAGAUGAAUCCGAUGAUGAGGAUGAUGAUGAUAAAUUCGAAGUCGAAUUCGUCGUCGUCGCCACCGGCCAAUUUCCAGUGAUGGUACCGAUAGAUCAUUAUGAUGAUAGACUAUAUAAUAUGAAAUCAAUGAUGAAUUUUUUCAUCAGCCGUUUAGACUCAAGUUGUUUUGAAAGUAUCUUUGAAAACUGAGGAUUUUAACUUUAGGUGAGAUGAUCGUUUAACAAACUAUAUAGUAUCUGGUAUAAGGACAUAACAUUGAUCUCUCAUGACUGCGUUCGUGUUUCAAUCUUCGCUACUCGCUUUUGAUU